AUGAUUGUUUUUCUUUCCAUAUAUUCUUUCUUUUUAUCUCUUUUUCUUUUUAUCUCUCUCUUUAUCUCCCCUUUUCUUUUUAUCUCUCUUUUUACUUUCAACAUUGUUUUCUUCAGAUUAUGUUUUAGUCUUUUUUGUCAUUUUUUUUUCUCUUUUUUGUCAUUUUUUUUUCUCUUUUAUAUUUUACAUUCAUUUUUUUCUUUUCUUCUUCUUUUAAGAAAUUUUUCUUCCCAUUUUUUUCUUUUCUUGUUUACUUCUCCUCUCUUCUCUCUCAUUUUCUUUCCUCUCCUCUUUUCUUUUUUUUUUUCAGAUUUUACAAUCACUUUUUUCUUUUUCUUUUCUUCUUUUGAGAAAUUGUUUUUCUUUCCAUUUUUUGCAUUUCUUCUUUUCUUGUUUACUGCUCCUUUCUUCUUUCUCUUUUUCUUUCUUCUCCUCUUUUUCUAUUUCUCUUUUUACUCCUUUUUUCUCUCUUUUUCUUUUGUUUCCUGUUUCCUAUUUUUCUCUUAUUCUUUCCCUCAGAUUUUUCUUUUUUCUCUUGAACUUCUUCCAUGUUUUUUUUCUCAUUUAUUUUUAUUUCUUCUUCUUUUGAAAAAUAGCUUUUCUUCCCACUUCUUCUCUUUGUUUUCUGCACCUUUCUUUUAUUUCAUUCUUAUUUCGCUUUUUCUUUCACUGUCUUUCCACUCAAUCACAACCAUCAGAAAGUUUUUUUUUUCUAUUAUUCUCACUUAUGUCCUUACUACUUCCAUUUCUUUCUCAUUCUACAAUCCUUUAUCUUCUCUUUUCUUUUCUUUUUUCUCACAUAUUUCAUUUAACUGUUUCUCUUUGUCUCUUCUUGUGUUAUUUUCUUACUCACUUAUGUUUUAUUGCUUCUGCCCAGUUCAUCUUUUUUCUUUCAUCCUCCAUCUUACUCUCCCUAUUUAUUUCAGUCUCUCUUCUCUUCUCUCCUUGUUCAGCUUCCUAUCCCUCUCUUCCUUUCUCUCCUUUUUCAGCCUUUUUUUCCGUCCUAUUCUUUUCAGCCUCCCUCUCCUUUUAUCAUUUUCAUCCUCCUUUCAAUUCUAUCUUUUUUCAAGCUCCCUUCCUUUAUCUUUCAUUCAGCCUCACUUCUCUUUUCACCUUUCAGCCUUGUUCAUUUUUCUCCCUCUCUCUCCUGCUUUAUCACUUCUGUCUGCUCCUCCUUUCUCUUUCAGCCUCCAUCUUAGCCUUCCCCUUAUCGCUAUCCUUUUCAGUCUUCCCUCUUUUCUCACCCAUUCAAUUCCACUUCUUUUCUCUCCUUUUCAGCCUUCAUUUCCUUCUUUUUUUUUUACCCUUUUUCCUAUUCUACUCACCCUCACUCUUCUAAACUUACUCCCUCUCCCGUUUUUCUGCCACCUUCUCUCAUUUCCUUCUCUUUUAUUUUACCUUUCCCUCUUUCUUCCAACAAUUUUAAGUCUUCUAUUCAUAUAUAUCUCUCUCUUUCAGACUGUUCAUCUUCCCUUCUCUCAGUCUAUGUACCUCUCUUCUCUCUUUCAGUUCAUGUACCUCUCUUCUCUCUUUCAGUUCAUGUACCUCUCUUCUCUCUUUCAGUUCAUGUACCUCUCUUCUCUCUUUCAGUCCAUGUACCUCUCUUCUCUCUUUCAGUCCAUGUACCUCUCUUCUCUCUUUCAGUCCAUGUACCUCUCUUCUCUCUUUCAGUUCAUGUACCUCUCUUCUCUCUUUCAGUCUAUUCAUAUCCCUCUUUCUUUCAGACUGUUCAUUUCUCUCUCUCAGUCUGUUUAUUUCUCUCUCUAUCUGAAUCUGUUCAUCUCCCUUUCACUCUGCCUCUUAGUCUGUUUAUAUCAUUCUUUGUCUUUUGUGUUUUCAUCUUCCUUCCUUUCAGUCUGUUUAUGUAUUUUCUCUCUUUUAAUCUAUUCAUGUUUUACUCUCUCUCAUUCUCUCAGUAUGUUUAUUGCCAUCUCUUUUUGUCUGCUCAUCUCUCUUUCCUCCCACCUGUUCAUCUAUCUCUCUCAGUCAUUUCAGCUACCUACCUCUAUCUCAUUUUGCUCAUCCUCCUGUCACUUUCUUUGUUCAUCUAUUUCAGUCAGUUUCUCUCAUAAUUUUUGGUUCUUUCCUUCUCUUUUCUUUUUCCCCACUUCAAUCAUUUAUUUCCUUUUUUUUCUUCUUUCACUCUUUUCUCUCAAAUUGUUUUUUCUUUUCCCCUCCUCCUCACAAUUUUCAUUUUCUCUCUCAGUGUUUCUUUCUUUUCCCCUCCUCCUCCUCCUCACAAUUUUCAUUUUCUCUCUGUGUUUCUUUCUUUUCCCCUCCUCCUCCUCACAAUUUUCAUUUUCUCUCUCAGUGUUUCUUUCUUUUCCCCUCCUCCUCCUCACAAUUUUCAUUUUCUCUCUCAGUGUUUCUUUCUUUUCCCCUCCUCCUCACAAUUUUCAUUUUCUCUCUCAGUGUUUCUUUCUUUUCCUCUCACUUAUUUUUCUUCAUUUGUAUGUGAAGAAUUUCGACAAUGCUAUGAAUUUGAUGAAUGAAUGUACAGAGAAGUGCCCAAGAUUUGCAGCAAUUGUUAAAGAGAUUCAGCAAGGACCUGACUGUGCCAACUUGACUCUUCAGCACCACAUGUUAGAACCAAUCCAGCGGGUCCCUCGAUAUGAACUCCUUUUAAAAGAUUAUUUGAAACAUCUUCCUGAAAAUUCUCCAGACAGGAAGGACACGGAAGAAGCCCUCCAAAAAGUAACUGAAGCAGCAAGUCACUCAAACGAAGCAAUGAACAAAAUUGAGAAAUUUCGAAAGUUGUUAGAAGUUCACCAAAGCCUUGGUCAAUCUUUUGAUUUGAUUAGUCCCACAAGAGAAUUAGUCAGGGAGGGUCGUGUCACAAAAAUCUCAGCUCGCAGUGGGGAAAAGCAGGAACGGUAUCUUUUCUUGUUUAAUGAUUUGAUGUUGGUAUGCAGUGAACCACUGUUGGGUACUUACAAAAUACGGGCAAGUUUGAAUAUAGACGGAAUGGAGGUGAAAGAAGCUGAAAUUCCAAAUGCUUUUUAUGUGAGGAGUAAACAGAAAACAAUAGAAUUAUUAAAUGAUGGACAAUUAGAAGAAUCAAAUAGUUGGUAUAUGUCAACGAGUUCUGUGAUUAAUGAAUUCAACAGUCGGAAGCAGACGAUGCGGGCGCUGGAACAAGCACAAGAUUUGCCUAAUGAAGAUGAAGUUGGUAAGCGUGCACCAACCUGGGUGAAAGACGAUGCUGCAACAAGUUGUAUGCUGUGUAACAAUCAGUUCACAACUUUCCGGCGGAGACAUCAUUGUAGGGGAUGUGGUAACGUUGUCUGUGCCAAAUGCUCAUCUAAAAAAGUGCCACUUUCCUACGAUGAUAACAAACUCAACCGGGUAUGUGAUAAGUGUUUUGAACUUUUGGAUACCACGAAUCUGCCUAAAAGCAACGGAGACGUUUCAUCAGAUAAAAAAAGUGUUUUGCAGUCAAAGAAGAAAUCUUCCAAUUCAACAAAUACUGGAAACUCCCAAUCUGGUAUGACCAAAGCAUUGACCCCUGCUAAUUUGGAAAAAGAGGGUCAGCUUAAGUGCAAAGCAACGGACCCAAGCAUAAUUUCUGGGUACUUACACAUCAGUUCCGAUAAUUGUAAAAACUGGUAUAGGCGUUGGUUUGCAGUGCACACGUCUUUCGUCAUGUACGUCUUCAAGGGACACCAGGAUAACUGUGCCUUGUCUACGAUGCCGUUGCCUGGUUAUACAGUAACUGAGGUAGAUGAAAAUGAUACCUUUGUCGACCGAACACAUGUCUUUAAGCUUCAUCAUGGCAAACAACAAGUCUAUUACUUCAAAGCUGAGAGUGACGAACAACUAAAAAGAUGGGUUCAACUUCUUCAGAAAAUGGUUAUCCUAGAAUUGCCAGAAUCAAGUCCCGACUCCUCAACUCCAUCAAUCUCCUCAAAAGAAGAUGAAGACUAUGAUGGCCCAGAUCAUGAAUCAAGGAGGUCAUAG